AUCCACAAUAAAGUGUAGAUGAAAAAGUAAAAAAAAUAAAAUAAUUAUUAUGAUUUUUCACUUUUUAUUGUAACCGUUACAACUUGCAGCACUUUUGUCUCUCCUGCACACGAGACCCACAUACACUAAUUAAACGCACCCACGCAUUUGAGUGCAUGAGAGUUAUUAAGCCCUGUCUCUCUUAUCUGCAGUUAUUUACAUAUAAGUGACUUUUCAUUAGCUUCUGCAUUUUCAUAACUCCUCUCUUCUCAAAUGUGUUCUUAACAUGUGAUUUGUACUUGUACAUGCACACCCCAUGCAUUUUUCAUCAUCUCAUUUCACUUUCUCACCAAAUACACACACACACACACAACUUCCAUGUUUAUGUCACCUAUAUUUGUUAACUACAAUUUUUUCUGAUCAAGAUACAAGAUAUGUCUAAGUGCUCAUGUCAAGCGGAGUUGGAUACAAUGCCUUGUACAUAUAAUUUCAAGAAAGUAAAGAGCCAUCUUAGGCUUUUCGAGCCUUCGGUUAGAAUUUUGUUUGUGAUAUUUGUUACAGUUCUGGUUACAUGUUGCUUUCUUUACUUGAACUAUGGAGAUUUAUCCAAAGGGUUGCAGCUGUCGAUGCAAGCUGAGAAGUUUUCGGGGUUGAGAUUUCAUAGGGAUGGUGGUUCGCGUAGAAAGAUUGAAUUUUUGAGUGAAAAGGGUGGUUCUUGUGAUGUGUUUGAGGGUGGUUGGGUGUGGGAUGAAAGCUAUCCAUUGUAUCAGUCCAGAGACUGUAAGUUUUUGGAUGAGGGGUUUAGGUGUUCGGAGAAUGGCCGUCCUGAUUUUUUCUACACAAAGUGGCGAUGGCAACCUAAAGCUUGUGAACUGCCCAGAUUUGAUGCAAAAUUAAUGUUGGAGAAGCUGCGGAACAAGAGGUUAGUUUUUGUGGGAGAUUCGAUUGGGAGAAACCAAUGGGAGUCCCUGCUCUGCAUGCUAUCUUCUGCAGUUGCCAACAAGGGAUCGAUUUAUGAAGUUAAUGGCAAACCAAUUACGAAGCACAAGGGGUUCUUGGUCUUCAAGUUUGAGGAAUACAAUUGCACAGUUGAGUACUAUAGGGCUCCAUUUCUUGUGUCACAGGGCAGACCUCCUGCUAAAUCUCCAUCGAAUGUAAGAAGUACCCUGAAAUUGGAUCAGGUAGAUUGGAGCUAUUUUAAAUGGAGGGAUGCGGAUAUUUUGGUUUUCAACACGGGGCAUUGGUGGAAUUUCGAGAAGACUACUAGAAUGGGUUGUUACUUCCAAGAAGGAAGAGAAAUAAAGAUGGAGAUGCAAAUAGAUGCUGCAUAUCGGAAGUCCUUAGAUACUGUCAUAGGCUUUAUACAGCGGGAAGUAAAUACAAACAAGACUCAAGUCUUUUUUCGCACAUAUUCCCCUGUACAUUUCAGAGGCGGGGAUUGGAGACAUGGCGGAGGCUGCCACGAGGAGAAACUGCCAGAACCAGACACGUACAAAGUGCCAUCUUACAGUUUAGGAAACUACAACAUAUUUAAAGAAGUGUUAUCAUCCCAGUUGAGCAAAUCGCACGGUAGCCAAUUAGAAGUGCUAGAUGUUAGUAAUAUGACAUCAAGAAGAAAAGAUGGACAUUCAUCUAUUUAUUAUCUUGUCCCCCAUUCGUCUCACAGUAGACAGGACUGCAGCCACUGGUGCCUACCUGGAGUUCCGGAUUCAUGGAAUGAGCUACUCUACGCUCUUUUUCUAAAGCGAGAGGCGUCUCUCGUCAUGAAUUCAUCUAAGAUGUGGACAACUUCAUGACUGCCUGCAAUAGGAUAUGUUUGACAUAGAAAUGAAGAUACAAAAAAAAAUUAUGAAGACCAUAACAGAUGGUUUUACAGAGUAUAUUACCAACAGCAGAGUAGGGUAUGUUAUAUGAUUACUCUCUUUUUUUUUUAAUGGUUGAUUUGUAAGCUUUACAUACAAACAAACAUCAAUGGUCUCAA